CAUUCCACACCACAAGUUUUUGAGGUUAAGAUUGAAUUUCACGUUUUGUGAUUUGUAUAUUUAUUCUGUUUUAUUAUUAAACAUGUUGAAAAUAAAGCUGUAGGAAGAAAAUUACUUUCCUGGAAUUGAAAAUUUGUUGAGGUAAUAUUUGCUGAUUAUAAAAAUAGAAUAAAUGUUAAUGAAAGGUCAAUUAGAUCAUUUUAUGGCGAGUGUAAAUUUAAAAGUAUAACCGAUAUUUGUUUUAGAUGUAUCUAAAUAUCAAUCAUGGCAUAGAAAACCUGAUAAAUGCAAGAAUAGAGGGGUUCUGCUUACAUUUUAGCUUUUGUGAAACUAGCCUUAUGUAGGUUGGAAUUGCCGGCUGGAUUGUUUGGCCCAAUCUAAAAUGAACAGACGUGGUGGAGACAAGAUGGGAGUCCGUGGUCUCACUACAUUCAUCUCCAACAAUGAUAAGAGAUAUCUGAGAAGCUAUAAACUGCAUGAUACUCAUGUCAUCAUUGAUGGCAACAGUCUAGCAUGUCAGUUGUUCUCUCUUCGUGGAACCAGAGUAUAUUUCGCCUUUGGUGGUGACUAUGACAGAUAUGCGCAGCAUGUUAAGGAGUUUUUUCAGAUGCUUUCUCAGUGCAACGUGAAGCCUGUGGUUGUUUUCGAUGGUGGAUAUGAAAGAAAAAAAGUGAAGACAGUUAUAACUCGGCUGCAAGACAGAUCUGCCAUGCUGAAGCAUGUGAAGCCGGCCUCUAACUCGACUCCGGUGGUGUUUCCUCUGCUGAUGAGGCAGGUGUUUCGACAGGUUCUGCUGGAGAUUGGCGUGCCCAUAGUUCAGUGUGACUUUGAGGGUGACCAGGAAAUAGCUGCUCUCGGUCACAAGUACAACUGCCCCAUUCUCAGCUACGACUCUGACUUCUUCAUCUAUGAUGUGCAGUACAUCCCGAUACCGACAAUUGAACACGAAGCGUUACCUUUGAAUUUCUCAUUGGAUAACUCAUCCAACCAAUUUUGUAUACAUUGCAAAAUCUUCAGAGUAGAAAACUUCCUUAACUGUUAUGGCGGUCUGGAUAAGUCGAUGCUACCCAUGCUAUCAGCUCUGCUCGGAAACGACUAUGUGCGAAUCUCAGUGUUCAGAAAUUUCCAUUCUCAAAUGAAAGUAGGAAAACGCACACCGGGACACAAAAGAGUUGCUAGAAUAAUAGAAUGGCUCAGACAUGCUGGCGAUUUUGAAUCUGCUCUUCAAAAGAUUCUUAGCAGAAUGCAGAGGAUUCAUCGUCGAUCUGUUCUGAGGAAAAUACAAGAGACAAUCAAGAUUUACAGGUGUGAAAAUUUAACAGUGGAGCAUUAUCUUCCUGCAGAUAUGGCUAGCAUGUGUUCCUCAUCAACUCCAGAAUCAAUCAAGGUAAAUCUGAAUCAAAUGAUCAAUGAUGCUGACAUGGAAAGUGCUGAUGUUGAGCAAGAUGUUUCCAUUUCUGAAGAAAGCUCUGAUGAGACUGAAGAAUCUGAGGUGGAAAAUAACGAUGAUCAAGAACAAGAUUUACCAAUUGAAGAGAAAGAGAUUGACAUUGAUAAUGAAAGUAUGGAUAUCGAUGAUGGUGAAACACCUCCAAUCACAUCUCAAGUAAAAAAAGGCUUGAAAAUUCCGGAUUGGCUGUUAGAUAACUGUAGGAAAGGCUUAGUUGAUACUAUGGUUAUUGAUAUCUUAUCCUUGAAAACAUGUUUCUCAACUCCUCAAGUUGAGGAUAAGUAUCUCAAUCCUUCUCAUGAAAUUAGUAUCCCAUUGCUUAAAGCUAUUAUCAAAAUUAUAUUCGGUGACAAUAAAGUAAGUGUUAGCUACUGGGCCAGAAACAAAUACUGCUCUAUCCAGCGAAAUAGUCUCAAACCAUCAAAUGAUGAUCUACCCAACUUGGAAAAUCUUCUAGAACAAUCACCAGAAUCUAGAAGAAGUUUACUCUUGAAUUUGCUGCAUGUCCCAGCUGACUUUUGUAUUGACAUUUUUCCAGAUGAGUGGAAGCUCUAUCUGUGUACAAUUUUCUAUUGGAUCAAGAAUUCUACCACUCCCUUGGUAACUGAAGUCCAUGUAAAGUCGUUAAUCCUUUGUCUUAUUGCUCUCAAUAUUAUUGAUAGUAACUUGGGAUUUAUUCGUGAAAAAUUGCAAUUUCUGAAGAAAUGCGGGAAAACGUUGAAGAGACUGUUGAAAAUUCGCCAGAGUGACGAUGAUUUGAGUUUAAUCGGUCAAGUUGAUGACGAUAAUGAUGAGGAGGAAAUGGCAUGCAGUAGCAAUCCGCCCCCACCUCAACCUACCAACACCAUUACUGAGACAAGUUCUCAUGAUAACUUCAGACACGUGCUAUCCAGAGUCGAUGUUAACGACUGCAUUGUAUGCUUUGAAGGUUUCCUCAAAUUUCACAAAUUGAAGGAAGAUCUGAAAGCAGAUAUUAGUCUAUUUUCUUAUCCCGAUAUUCAUGCUUUUGCACAAUUUCAAAACUGCUUACAUCAUGCAAUGAUACUCAACUCUCUUCUCCUUUUCCCAUUGAAGCAGUGCAUGGUGCAUAAACUGUUCUCAGGGACAUUCAUUUAUAAUGUUUGCUCAACAUUGAAUUGUAGUAAAAAUACGGACGAAGUGCUACAAAGCUUGCUUGGAAACUCGCCAAAAUUAUUUGAGGUUUUCUCAACGUUGGUUUCGGCAAUCUCAACAACUACUACCUUGUCUGCUCCGCCCUCCAAGAAAACUAGAACUAGAAAACGCAAGAGAACAAAACAACAAAAAACUGAAAACAAAGAGAGUGACAUUCGCCUAGAAGAAAACAAUUCUGAUGACACUGAAGACCAUUAUCAUGAUGAAAAUAAUAUCUUCUCUCUUCUGUCUUCCGUGUGAGUUUAAUGUAAGCUCAUUUUAAGAAGUAAAUAUUUAUUUUUAUUUCUGA